AUGCCAUACCAAUGGACUGCAGAGCGGGAACGCCGCAUGCUUCUUCUUGCCAUCUCCUCAGCAAAUCUCAGACCUUCUACGGAUACCUGGACGACUGUUGCUGCUCUUUUGGGCGAGGGCUUGACUGCCUCAGCCGUGAGUCAGAAGUACUAUAAGCUGAGGAACGAGUCGGCAAGGCUCUUUGAGGGCCAGUCUGGCUCGACACCUUCAACACCAGCCAAGCGAAAAGCCUCCAACGACGAAGAGGAAAAAAAGAUGCCUCCAUCAAAACGGGCUAGAAAACCAAAGAGAGAACCUCUGGAUGGGGAGCCAUUCUCAGAUGCUAGCAACAGCCCGACCGACCUGAAAGUGGAGGGUGUGGCAAUGAACGCCUUCAAUCCCUUUCCCAGUUUCAGCCCACAAUCCAUACCUGGAGAUUUCUUUAUAGCGGUAAACGGUCAAGUCAAAGCAGAGAGUAGUGGGAAUGCAAGUUUCACGGGCUGA